UUCUUUCUCUCUUUCUAGCUCUCUCUCUCUGUUCAUCUCAAAAAAAAAAAAAAAAUAGCUCUGUCUCUCUGUCUCUCUUUCCUAAAUCAAUUUCAUUCUCGACUCGCCGGAGAUGGCAACUCUUUCGCCGGAUGUCAAUGGUAAUGUUUCAUUUCCAAAAGCUUCUUCUUUUCAAGUUUCAAAAUGUUGUUCUAACCCUAAUUUUGCCAGAGCACUGAGUUUCAAUUCCAACUCCAGAAAGCUCCACUUGGUUCUUGAUCUGGAUCACACACUCCUCCACACCACUCAACUCUGUAAUCUGACACCUGAAGAAGACUAUCUCAAGAUCGGAACCCAUCCUCAUCGAGAUGUGUUCGUGCUUGAAACUGUGAUCACCAAGCUCAGGCCCUUUGUCUGGAGAUUCUUGGAUGAAGCCAGCAAGAUGUUUGAGCUGUAUAUAUACACAAAGGGUAACCGGUACUAUGCGGGUCUAAUGGCUGCCCUGCUUGAUCCUAGGAAGGAAUAUUUCCCUUCCAGUUCUAGAGUCAUAUCCUGCGAGGAUCACGGAAUCGUGGGGCGAUAUAAGAGUCUGGAUGCUGUGGUUGGCUGCAAUUAUUCUAAUGUUUUGAUUCUUGAUGAUACAGAAGCGGCAUGGACAAAGGAAAGCCGGGACAAUCUAAUCGUUGUCGAGAAGUAUUGUUUCUUUAGGCACAAAAUGGGCGUACCUAAAUGCAAGUCUUAUGCUGAGUUAAAGACUGAUGAGUGUGGAUAUCUUGCAGCACUUCUUGAAGUGCUUAAGGUAAUCAACCGUAUCUUCUGUGAUGAACUAGCCAUAAAUCCUUCUGGUGUAGAUGUGAGGGAUGUGUUACAACUGUUUGGAAACAAUUCGUCAAGAGGAUUAUCCAACAUCUACACAGGGAGCGCCUUAACUAGUGUGUUUAUUUAGAGGAGAACUGCUAGUACUAAUGCUAUUGCUGCUUUUAGAGAAUGACAGCUACUCAAAUAGUUGAUGUUCCUCUGCUGUUGACCGUGCUCACAAGGCUCUUACCUCCUUCACAAAUGGCCAUUCUUGUCAAAUUGCUUAACGAUUACAGGACAAAGAAAAGUAGCCAACAAAAGCUGAAUCCAAUAGUGAGACUCAUCGUUGGUGAAAAGGUUUUGCCUUCAGAAACAAAUUGAUGUCAUCAACUACUCAUACUGCUACUGACUUGAAGCUUCGAAAUUCCUCAGGACGAGUGUUAUGCUACUGCUCUGAUGCUUACCAAAAGCCUCAACAAUUUCAAGGAAAAUAAGAUAACCCCACCCCAGCUGGUCUGAAGGUGAGACUGUUAGUUGGUUCGAUUGUGCAAAGUCCUUUGAUUUCAGUAAUCAAAUCUUUCUGGAGAAAGCAGAAGCAAGACCAAGCCACUGGGUGAUGAUUCAAAUUCUUUUGUUCAACAGCUUCCCUUUGGAGAUAUAUAGUUAUCCUUUAGUUAGACUCCAAUAGUUUAUUUCCAUGUUAACAUACUGUAAAGACAAAUUUUUUUUAGUGCACUUACAUCCCCUGAUGUAAUAUGGGUACAUUAGUUUGCUCGAUAUGUUUUUAGUUGUAAUGCUUUUGUCGUGUGGGAAUACUAAUAUUUGUGGGUUCAAUGUUUGUAGUCCUUUCACUUGUGAAUGAAUUAGCUUUUACUAUUA